AGCAGAACGGUGUCGUUCGGUUGUUUGAUGGACUCGUCGCCGUUAGCCGUUUUGUCAACAUUAUCCCUUCCGGCGAAAGCAAAUCUCUUCCUCCACUACUUCUCUUCUCAACCGCCAACGCCAAAAAAAAAAAAGAUCAAUUGGCACAAAAUCCCACUCCAUGGCAACUUCGAUCUUCCUUUCGCAGCGUCUCUUCUUCUUCUUCCUCUUCUCGAUUUCAUUGCUGAUCCACGAAUCCACCGCCUACCCUGCUACUGCCAGCUCCAUUGUUGACCCCUCCAAAGUCAAACAGGUCUCAUGGAAGCCAAGGGCAUUUGUGUACCAAGGGUUUCUUACCGCCUUGGAGUGCGAUCACCUGAUCUCCCUGGCGAAAUCGGAGCUGAAGAGAUCGGCUGUUGCUGAUAAUUUGAGUGGGCAGAGUACGCUGAGCGAAGUCCGGACCAGCUCUGGGAUGUUCAUUCCCAAGGGAAAGGAUCCAAUUGUUGCUGGCAUUGAAGAGAAGAUUGCAACUUGGACGUUCCUUCCAAAAGACAAUGGAGAGGACAUCCAGGUGUUGAGGUAUGAGCAUGGGCAGAAGUAUGAUCCUCAUUACGAUUACUUUGCUGAUAAGGUCAACAUUGUUCGUGGUGGACACCGUGUGGCAACUGUGCUCAUGUACCUUAGUGAUGUUGAAAAGGGUGGCGAGACCGUGUUCCCUUCUGCUGAGGAACCUCCACGUCGUCGUAAUGUUGUGAAAGAGGAUCUCUCUGAAUGUGCUAAGAAAGGAGUUGCAGUGAAACCACGAAGAGGAGAUGCACUGUUAUUCUUCAGCCUGCUCCCAACAGCCAUACCGGACACCAGCAGCCUCCAUGCUGGUUGCCCAGUGAUCGAGGGCGAGAAAUGGUCAGCAACAAAGUGGAUCCACGUGGACUCAUUCGACAAGAACGUAGAGGUUGGCGGGAACUGCACCGACCAGAAUGAGAGCUGCGAGAGGUGGGCAGCCCUAGGGGAGUGCACCAAGAAUCCCGAGUACAUGCUGGGUUCAGCUGAACUUCCUGGCUACUGCAGAAGGAGUUGUAAGGCGUGUUAGACAGAGAACCCGCCGCUGGCAUCACUUCCCUUCUGCAAUCUAGACACGAGUUUGAGUUCCCCCCUUGUAUCUUUCUGGUGUUUGGUCCAAGUUUUGUGAUGAACCUCAAGCUGUUGUACUUGUUUGUUUGUUGUGGAAAAUGUUUGUAGAUUGUUGGUGGAUCCUCCCGUUGCUUACUUCUGGUAAAGUUUCUGUAACAUACAUGACGAUUUGUUAGAAAAAUGUUAUAGAUUGAUAUUAGACUCUGCUGAUUGUAUUGCUAUUAAACUCAACUUGAGCAGGGUGAGGAUUAGGUUCUAGAGUAUUGAUAACCUAAAAUAAUACUGGCAAAUGAUCUAAUGAGCAAGAAAAUGUACUGACAAAGUUGCUCAUAUUAAAUAGAAAGAUGAGAUGAACGUAUCAAUUGUAUGAAAGCGAUAUAGUAACGUAUAGACAAAAGAAAACUAACGUAGUAAUGAGAUAAAGAUAUAAUUGGACUCCACUUAAACUACGAAAACAAAUUGUACCUAUCAGGAGUAGCUGUACUUUGAAGAAUCUAACUGGAGAUCUUAGUCUUCCUAUUCUAUUGCUCCAAUCUAAUCUUGUUACAUAUACAAAUGAGCCAAUUAAUUAAUUAAUUAAUAUGAUGUAAAAUAGGUUAGGCUUUCAGCGUGGAGCAAGGAACAGUGGCAGUUUCGUCGUGUAGUCAUAAAACUGUUAAGAUGACGGCCCGUCACGCUCUAAGAUAUGGGCCCAGGCUCAUGCUGCGUUCAAGAUUCACUCCCUCGUCAUUUCAUGUGGAGGCCCAUUGCCUUCCAGAUUUUUUUAAUGGUUAUUUUUCUUUUUCUUUUUCACUUGAACAUAUAUAGAAAUUUUGUGCUCACUAGUCACUACAUUGAUGAAGAACAUGUUUUAAAUUCGAUAUUUUCUUCCUUCAUAUAUAUACUUCGAGAAACUAAUAGAUACGUGUAUAGGUUCAAGAUCAAUAAUCAAUAAUAAUGAUAAUUAUAAUCUAUCAAAAUUGUAGGAAACGCGUUGAGCGAGAUUUAUGAUUACUCACAUGAGUUGUUCUGUUGCUAUUCCGAUAAAUUACAUAUUGGAAAAAUGACUAUAACGAUUAUAGUUGUCGUAUCUCCUUAAAAUUAUCUUCCAUCAUAUGGCUGGUUUAGAGCUGAAUCCAAGCCUUUGGAAGCAUAAGUGAAUUUAGGAUUUAAUUAGUUGGAUAUAUGUUUUUUUUUUGGGAUAAUGGAGAUUAGUUGGAUAUUAAAUCACCAAUUAGAAAUUAAACAAAGUGCUCACUUGGAAGAUAAAAAGGAAAAGAAAAACGAAAAUUAUCGUUGAUAUGCUCGAAUCUGGGAUUGGAGAGUGGAGGAUCCCAAAAUGGCCAGAUACUCUGUAUUGGUACAUGAUACAAUAUAUAAAUAUUCUUUUAUGCUUAAAAAUGAAUAAUUAUUAUAUACGAGAGAUAAAGAUAAUGGUAUUCUUAUUCUUGUAUAUAUAUGACUACACAUGAGUUUAGUCUAGACGAGUUUUGACCCAGUUUGAACACGGCUCAUUAAAAUGAGUGAGCUCGAGAUUAGCUUGUUUACGAAAACUUUGUCUUGUUUGUUACCUGAGUUCGGCUCUCAUCAAUUAAAUUAAGAGAUAGCUCGAGCUCAAAUAUCAUAUCAUUUAGUUUAUAAUUGUUCAUAUCAUCAGGUGUGACCGAUUUAAUUUACGAUAUAUAAUUUCUUUUUUUAAAUUAUAAAUGAAACAUAUUUAAACAC